GAGGGGUUUCUAGAGAUGGGAACAGUUGCUAUCACGAACCCGGCGUGGAUAGCCGCCGCCGCCACCACUACUGUGUCCUUUAAACAGUCCUCACUCUCUCUUCUUCGACACCACAUAUGCCCUCACAAGCCCUAUCUUCUCUCUCCUCCUCCUCCUCCUCCUCCUCCUCCUCCUCCUCCUAUCACUACUACUCUCCUCACAGGGAGGCGAGUUUGGGCCACUGGUGGCGGCGAUGGUGUCCUCCGGUGGUGGUCCUCAGCUGUCCUCAGAAGCCUCCGCGCGCCGUCCAGAUUCCGCCCCGCCGCCGUCUCUCUUGCCGCCGGAGACGGCGGUGCAAUAAUGCAUGACGCCGGGGCUACGGCGAUCGUAAUGUUGGGAGCUUACUUUCUCGUCUUGACUUUCGAUUCUCUCACCCAGCGCGAUCUCAUCCAACAGCAGAAUUUAAGCAGAAAACUGGUCCAUAUAUUGUCUGGAUUGCUUUUCAUGGCUUGUUGGCCAAUAUUCAGCACCUCAACAGGGGCUCGCUACUUUGCUUCUUUAGUUCCUCUUGCAAAUUGCUUAAGGCUUGUCACUUAUGGCCUGUCCCUUGCCACUGAUGAAGGACUAAUAAAAUCCGUUACUCGAGAAGGAAAUCCAGAAGAGUUGCUUAGAGGUCCUUUAUAUUACGUUCUGAUAUUGAUUUUGUGUGUCCUUGUAUUCUGGCGCGAGUCACCAAUUGGAGUGAUCUCACUUGCAAUGAUGUGUGGAGGGGAUGGCAUUGCUGAUAUCAUGGGAAGAAGAUUCGGGUCCGUGAAAAUUCCAUAUAACAAAAAGAAGAGUUGGGUUGGUAGCAUCUCAAUGUUUAUAUUUGGUUUCUUGAUCUCCAUUGGGAUGCUCUACUACUUUUCAGCCCUUGGAUACUUCCAGUUGGAUUGGGUUUGGACAGUGGAAAGAGUUGCUUUAGUUUCUUUGGUGGCAACAAUUGUAGAGUCGCUCCCAAUUACAGAUGUAGUGGAUGAUAACAUAUCGGUUCCUUUGGCGAGCAUGGUAACAGCAUUUUUGAGUUUUGGCUAUUAGCAAGUCUGGAAUGGUCAUGGUGAAAAUAAUCAUAGGGAGAGGGGCACCUGCUGUUGUGUAUUUAAUUAGUUUUCUUGUAACCGUUGCAAUGUCAUUGUUCACCUAGGGAGCACGCUUUUAUUUUUUAUUUUUUUAAGUCAAUUCUCCAUGUUUGGUUCGAUAAAAUUGAGUUCAUUUUUCAAAAAAUUAAAUUUCUUA